AUGCCUCGACCUCCGCCUCAAGUCGCCGAGUACGCGCUUGACAAAGUGCUGAACGACGCGAGCCCGGUCUUCGGAGCGUACGAGAACGUGCAGUCGGACAGCAGCACCUGGAUGUCGCACUAUCCCGACGAGACCAACAUCGUGCACAUGAAUAUCCCCGGCGCGCACGACGCAGCAACUUGGAACUACUCCGAAGCCACGCGACAGUCCAUGGAACACAUCACGAGCCUAGUCAGCGACACGAGCAUCGACCCGAGUUGGUUCCGCUGCCAGAACCGCAGUAUGAUCGACAUGCUCAACGCCGGCGUGCGGGCUUUCGAUCUGCGCGCCGCGCAAGACGUCACUAAGUCCACUCUGGUCUUUUGGCAUGGCCCAGCGUUGCAAAGCCAGACGGCCACCUUGGACCUCGUGCUGCACGCCUUCUACAAGUGGCUGGAAGACCAUCCCUCCGAGACUGUACUGCUAUCCAUCAAGCACGAGGGCAGCAAGGACAUGAAGAAUUUCGAUGAUGCAGCCUUCCAGCAACAACUCUACGAAACGCUCACCUCUCCUGCCGCGAAGCGGUACAUCCUGCAGGACCGUAAUGUCUUUGGCACGCUCGGGCAGGCCCGAGGCAAAGCCAUUCUUCUUCGACGGUUCGAUUUGAACCUCCUCUCCACCUCCCACCAGAAUGCAGUCCCCGGCAUCCAUUUCAGUCCGCAAAAGUGGACGGUGAAUUCCGCAAACCUGGCCCUCAUCUACAACGCCAAUCCCAACCCGAAAUCAGGCGAUGCGGGCGUUGCAUACAUCGAGGACUUCUAUCACCCAACCUCGCCCACCCUCGUCGAAGACAUCGAACUCAAAUACGCCGCGGUACAAAGCCAUCUACGGCGAGCAGCUUCCAGUCGACAACCUGAUGCCCUCUACUGGACCUUCACCAGCGGGACCAAUACCAAGCAUGAUUCCGAGUCCUCGACUCCACGCAAAGUCGCGCUCGGCCGCGAGAAAGCAGACGGAGGCUCCCCGACCAAUGGCGUCAACCAGCGGCUAGUCAAUCUGCUGUCCGAGUUCCAUGGGCAGAGGCUUGGGAUCGUCAUGUUUGACUACUUCGCUGAGCCCGAUGAUCUGCUUCCGAAAUUCCUGGGAUUGAGAGCGCCGUGA